GCACCCUUGGAAAAAGCGGACUCAGAGUUUCUGUGCCCCAUUCUCGGGUGCAUGUCUUUUGGAGACAAGCGUAACCUGUCAUGGGCCAUUGGCGAAGAGGAGGCACUCCCGUUUCUCAAAGCGGCCUACGACCGCGGUCUGAACACCUGGGACACGGCCAACACGUACUCAAAUGGUGUCUCUGAGGAGAUCGUCGGCAAGGCGAUCAAGAAAUACAACAUCCCACGUCAGAAGCUUGUGAUUUUGACCAAGUGUUUCUAUCCCGUCGGCCAGGAACAAGAUGUCACGCCUCACUACAUGAUUCCUCAGAUAGAAGUCUCCAAAGACUACCAGAAUCAAUGGGGUCUGUCCAGGACAGCCAUAUUCAACCAGGUCGAGGACUCGCUGCGCCGCCUCGACACGGACUACAUCGACCUGCUGCAAAUCCACCGCUUUGACCCCAAGACGCCUAUCGAGGAGACGAUGAAGGCGCUCCAUGAUCUGGUCCAGAUGGGCAAAGUGCGGUACAUUGGCGCCAGCUCAAUGUGGGCAACGCAAUUCGCUCAGAUGCAGUUCUGCGCCGAGCGCAACGGCUGGACCAAGUUCAUCAGCAUGCAGAACCAGUACAACCUCCUAUACCGCGAGGAGGAGCGCGAGAUGAACCGCUUCUGCAAUGAAACUGGCGUCGGACUGAUCCCUUGGGCACCACUCUGCCGCGGACACCUGGCCCGACCGCCAUCCGAGUUCGGGUCUACGGACCGGAGCAAGGAUGAGAAGGAACAACCCUCGGUCAUGCCGGGCACGAGUGAGACGGACGCAUCCAUCAUCAACCGCGUCGUGGAGACGGCUGAGAAGCGCGGCUGGAAGAUGAGCCAGGUGGCACUGGCAUGGAUCAACGCCAAGGUCACCAGCCCCAUCAUCGGGUUCAGCAGUGUCGAGCGGAUGGUUGAGGCGAUCGAGUCUAGAGGCAAGGUCCUCACCGAGGAGGAGACCAAGUACCUCGAGGAGCUCUACCAGGCCAGGAGCGUCGUGGGUCACGAUUGAACGUAUUAGAUGCUUGUGGGAAACGAGUCAGAAGGAUGCGUACUUGAAAUUUCUGUGGCAGUCAGAAACUCCUUUGCCUAGCGGCACUGCAUAAGCCGCAAUGUUAGGC